AUGGAGAGGCAGCGCGGAACGUUCCUGACCAACGACGGCGUCCGCCUCGCGUAUGAGUACGCGGGCGUCGGCUUCGGCAAGGCCAACACCGGCGACUCCCCGAUCGUGCUCGUCCACGGCUGGAGCGGCUCCAUGCACUACUUCGACAACUCCUUCUCGCACAUCCUCGCGGGGCGGAAUCGGCCCCCCAUGGUGGUGAGGUACGACCUGCGCGGCCACGGCGAAUCCGAGAAGCCGUCGUUCGGGUACAUGAUCUCUCGGUUCGCCGCGGAUCUCCGGGACCUGCUCGAUCACCUCGAGCUGGACAACGUCACCCUGGUGGGCACGUCCAUGGGGUGCGCGAUAAUCUGGAGCUACCUCGCGCUCUUCGGCGAGGGGCGCGUGAAGUGCGGGGUGUUCGUGGAUCAGGCGCCGCUGCAGAACCGCGCGCCGGACUGGGAGCUCGGCAGCCGCGGCUGCUACGACAUCGCGUCCCUCACCAGGCUCCAGGAGCUCCUCAAGUACGAUUACGUCGGGUUCGCCAAGGGCAACGCGCGAUCGUGCCUCAGCACCGAGAUCGAUCCCGCGCACGAGCGACUGCUCAUCGCGGAGACGCUCAAGGCGCACCCGGAAGGUUUGGGGCAGAUCAUGGCGGACCACACCGCCAUCGACUGGCGCCCGUACCUCCGACGCGUGCGCGUCCCGUGCCUGGUCCUCGCCGGGGGACGGUCGCAGAUCUUCCCGCUGGAGGGCGUGAAAGAGUGCGGGCGGCUCAUCGCCGCGUCCACCGUCGUCGUCUUUGAACGCGAAGAUCACUGGCUCUACGUCGAGGAUUUCUUGCGAUUCGCCGAGCUCGUGUGCGACUUCGCGUGCCACGGGGAGCUCACCGAAGGGGACGGCGCCCCCCCGCGCGUGCCGGAUCCCGAGCCGAUCCGGGCCGGUCGAUCGUCCCGGCCGGGGACGGGCGCUUCGGUGGAUUCGCGAUUCGUUCAAGACAUGCUCGACCUCGCCGUGGCGGACCCCGCGACGUACACCGCGACGCGGUCGCCGUCGUCCAGACCCCCGACCAACGGCUCACCGCGGGUGUCGAACAUGGGCCCGAGGGUCGCCGGUCGCGCCGCCACGCCGCGGGGACUACCGGGGACGUACAAAAAGCCGGAGUUGUCGACGCUGGACACGCUCGCGCUCGAGGCGGAGCUCGAGAAGAGGAGGCGGGCGGCGGGCGGGUCCAGCGGCGGUGGCGGUGGUAGCAGGCCGACGACGGGGGGGAGCCAGAGGAGUAUGCCGCUGGAUCAGCAGAACGCGGCGGCGAUUGAUCCGGUGGCGGAGGGACUCCCGGGAUCCAAGAUGCCCGCCGCGCCGUGA